UAUCGGUUUGCAAAUCAUAUCAGUAGCAACGUUUAAUUACUACCAGAAACAUUGUUUGAAAGCAAAAAAAAAAAAACAAACGGCAGAAAUGAAAGUUUUAAUAAUCUUAGCUAUUUGUGUGGCAGUCGCAAGAGCACAAUUUGGAUUCGGCGGAGCACAGUCUCAAUCUCAAGCACAAGCCCAAUCUCAAUCUUCAGGUUUUGGUGGUGGACUUGGUGGUGGUGGAUUUGGUCCUGGUGGAUAUGGUCUAGGUGGAUUUGGUGGUCGUGGAUUUGGUGGCCGUGGAUUUGGAGGCCGUGGAUUUGGAGGCCUUGGUAGAUUUGGUGGAGGUGGAUUCGGUGGCAGUCAAGCUGGCGCCUCUGCUAAUGCCAAUGCCGCUGGAUUUGGUUCCGGAUUUGGCAGAUAAUAAUGUCUACUCUUAUUUCUAGGACAAAAUUUUUCAUAAAUGCACCAUAAACUUAAAUAAACGAAAUAAAAAUGAUUAUUGCUAAAUACAAA